CAGCCAUUUCACGGGCUCUCGUAUGGAGAGCAGGAGUACGCACAAAGUGCAAAUCGAAAGUUUUCUCAUCGGAAUCUUCAACCCCAAAUUGACAGUAAUGAUAAUGGAGCCGCCGGCGUGUCCAUUGCUCAAGCCCUAGAGAAUAUCUUGUCUAUACUGCCGGAUGAGUCUGAUAUAAAAGACUUGAUUGGGCCAAUCGAGGGAACAGGUGAAGAAAAGCUCCGUGAAGUUGGGUCUCGAGCUCGAAUUUUCAAAGCCAGCUUUGAAGCCUGGGAAGCUCUUCAUCUUCUUCCUAUGCAAGACCAAAUCUUUGUCUAUGAGAAUACUUUACAAUAUUUCAAAAACAACACCGAACUAUCCGCACGGCUAAAAUUGGACCAUAAUAACAUGGUUCAUGUCUACGAAAAGUAUCGUCAUUUUCUCACGCGGUUGUCGAUGCGUCUUUUUCCUUGGACUGUGCCUUAUUUUUCAGAUCUUACCAGACUUCAUUCCCAAUUCUGGAGCGGAGACCAGGGCCUUGUUUUCACAGCUGGAAAUCAUCAAGCACUCUACUUACUCACGUCAAUUCAAUCUCUCCGGAAGAUGGGUUGCGAGCUACCCAUUGAGGUAAUGUACCUGGGAGACAGUGACCUAGGCGAGGAAUAUAGACGAAAGUUAGAAGCGAUCAGUGGAGUGAUUACUCGUGAUUUGAGCUCGAUGAUUAAUGAUGAAGGAUGGAAACUAGCCGGAUGGGCUGCGAAGCCGUUUGCAAUUCUGCUGUCUAGUUUCCGCGAGGCCAUUUUUAUCGACGCGGAUUCCCUUUUUUCUCCGCGAUCCAGCGGUAUUGUUCCAGGAUCCAGGUUACCAGAGCACUGGGGCAUUAUUUUUCAAAGAUCGAAUCUUUCAGCCCGCAUCCAAGAAAUCCUGGCUAAAACGGAUUUUGCCAACGCCAGUAUCCAGCCUGGUCCGGAAAAAUCGGUUUUGGACCGGCGAGAGCAGCCAUAUGCAAGAGUCUGGGGUUGUGGUGGUCGACAAAUGGAAGCACUUCUCAGCUCUUCUCGUUAUAUGUCGCAUGAAUGGCCCGGAUCGGGAUGGAAACAAAGACGAAGGAAGAGUCGGUGUGACAAGGAGACGUUUUGGCUAGGCUGGGAGCUUGUUGGUGACACUGGUUAUGCGUUCCAUGAUGGCAACGUUGCAGUAAUGGGCACAGCUGAAGUGAAACAGCCAUCCGAUGAAGUUGACGAGCGAGAAGCCCAUAGUCAUGAACUACAUGAACUACGAGAUAUUGACUCCCAACCAACGAAAGCGAAAUUGACCAUCUGUGGGCCGCAAAUGCUACAUUUAGAUACGGCAGGUCGACCACUUUGGUUUAACGGCUGGGUACUGCCUAACAAGUUCUCCGGCGACCCUCACUUGCAGCCUGUCAACUUUGAAUCGUUUCUCAGCGAGCCUAGUGACGUUGGAGGCGAUGGUGCUUGGAUACUAAGACCUAGCAACGUGUUUUGUCUGUCUGCAGAUCGCCUGUCUAACUUUACUACUGCGGAGAAGAGCAUUUUGGAUAGCAUGGUUGAGCUUGUGAAAGGGGUAGGCGCCAUUAGUGUGGUUUAG